GAGCAGUGGAGAUGACGGGGCAGGACGACGUGGACGUACCGGAAACAGGAGCCAUCUUCACAUUUGGAAAGAGCAGUUUUGCUGACAAUGCGCCUGGUAAAUUCUGGUUGAAGAAUGACCAGCCGGUGCAUCUGUCUUGUGGCGGAGAGCACACUGCGGUCAUCUCAGAAAAUGGCAGGCUGCUCAUGUUUGGUGGUAAUUCCUGGGGCCAACUGGGAGGUGGAUUUAAACCCGCUGCUAGCAAACCUGCCUCUGUGAAAGCCUUAAAGUCUGAGAAGGUGAAGCUUGUAGCUUGUGGGAGAUAUCACACAAUCGUCUGCACAUGGCCGGGCAGUGUGUUUGUAUCUGGCAGUAAUCAGGAAGGGCAGCUUGGUUUGGGCCACUGCAACAACACCACCUCUUUUCACCUGCUGCAGCCCUUCUGUGACCACGCACCAAUCAAAAUGCUCUCUGCAGGAUGCAACACCUCAGCUGCCUUAACAGAGGACGGGAGGCUCUUCAUGUGGGGAGACAACGCCGUGGGUCAGAUCGGUUUAGGGGAUGAGGAGUUUGCAGCAGAACCCACAGAGGUGGAUGUUGGGGAGGCGGUGACGUGGGUCUCCUGUGGGUACCACCACUCGGCAUUCGUCACAGCGGAUGGAGAUCUCUACACGUUUGGCGAUAGUGCGAACGGAAGGCUCGGUCUCCAGGUGGAGCAGCUGGCCAAUCACAGAGUCCCUCAGCGGGUGCAAGGGUUUCUGGGUAAUGUCACCCAGGUGUGCUGCGGAGGGGAGCACACGGUGGCACUCACAGAGGCCAACGUGUACACGUUUGGCAGAGGUCAGUACGGUCAGCUGGGCCACGGGACGUUUCUGUUCGAAGCGGCUUUGCCAAAACCGCUCGAGCUCUUUCGUAACGGCGGCGUCAAACAUGUCGCCUGCGGAGAGAACCACACCGCUGUGAUCACGAGCAGCGGGCUCCUGUACACGUUUGGUGACGGUCGUCAUGGGAAACUGGGUUUAGGGGUGGAGAACUUCAUCAACCGGUUCAGCCCGACACUCUGCACACGUUUUACAGUGCAGUACAGUGUUCAGUUAGUCUCCUGCGGUGGGAACCACAUGCUGGUUCUGGCUGCACCCAGACCAGAAGAGGAUGUCACAGUCACAGGGAACCUGCCGGAGCCCAGUUGCACAGAGGUGCUUCUGCUGGACACUUUGACGGAUCUCAAUCCGACAGUCCCGCUCUCGGCCCUCGCUGCUCGAGCCCGCCACAGAGAAAAAUUUGGAGAGAUGUUUCGCAACCUCCCUCGUCUAAAUUCUGACUUCCUCAACACCUCCUGGCAAACGUCCAGAAAUAUCCCGACCCCUAAAACGCUCUCGAAGGACUUUGCCACCCCUUCGUCAUCCCCGAAACCACAAUCAGAAAGUGGAUCCUCCACUGCUGCUUCUUCUAAGUCUGAAUCCAAAGAGCUGCAUUCUCCCUUACCGUCGCCAAAGACUACAACUAAACGUAGCACCGUAGUAUCUCAUAAAAGGACCGCAAAAAGAAGACCGUAUGGAGCGGCAACCGCCAAAAAGGCCUUAAUUGGAGACCCUCCUCCAACACCUAAAGAACCCUGCAGCCCCACCAGACCCUCCAGGGGUAUUUCCAGGAAUGAGCAUCCUGCCUCGCCGAAAUCAGAGGUGGAAGAAACCUCUCAGAGACAAGAAGAUGUGAAGGAGACUAUCUCUGAGAAAGGAUCGACCUCUGACUUGUUGCCAAACAUGGAAAAGAAGAAAGGCCCAGCUCUUAGAAAAACUAGGAAAAAGUUUCUCAAGGCCUCGCCCGCAGAGCUCCUGAAAGACUCUUUGAAAAGAGAAAUGUCUCCACCAAUGAGCUCAAAGAGUCUGAAAAACGCUUCUAAAAGCGUCUCAUCUAAAGGCAAAGAGAACGUCACCAAGCAGUCCAAUAAAGUCACAACUAAUGGACACGCUCGACAGGAACCCUCCCAUUUAAAAUCACCAAAACUAUCAGAGGCAAGCCCAGUCAGGAAGACACUGGCCGAAGCCCAGCAGAGACUCACUAAACUGAAGGGAAAUAAAAGGAGAAAUAGAAAUGGGAAAGAAAGUAAUAUAAACAAAGAGGAUAUGGAAGCCAUCGCUUUGAAGAAAGACUUGUCGGAGACACCAAAAAAGGAGGAAGAUAUAUCCGCUUUUGACAAGACAUCUGAUGUUAUUAAGAUCACGACAGGAAAUGAAACAACCAGUCUCUCGGUCCGCAGUGCAACAGAGUCUAAACUGAAGGCGAAAUCAAAACCAGGUGUAGGAGAAGGGGAUGACAUCAGAGUUCAAGGAGGAGCAGAGACUGUCGCCUCACAGCUGCUGUGUAACCCCGUUUCCUCACAAAGCACUCGGGGAACAGAGGUGGUUUCCAUCGGCGCAGCGAGAUCCCUGCAGGACCCAGAACCUGUUGAUAGAGAUCUGCUUGUUUCUGGAGCACACGGAGAGGAUACUCAGAGACUGACUGACAGAAAGCCAGGGUGGGGGGAGAUCCUCAGCACCGCAGCCUGUCUUCUUCCUGCCGCUGGGAUAGCGGGUGCAGCUGUGGCGGUGCUUAGUGAGGCAGUGACCAGCGUGGGGCUUUUCCAGUCCGACAGCGACGCGGUCAUCUCCACGCCGCCCAAAACACCCGGUCGGGUCUGGAGGAAAGCCACGAUGGCGCUCAGUCACGACAGGGGGCGAUGGAAAGUGACGGGGGUGAAGACUUUUCACAAACAGACCGGCGGGACAGCGGCGCAGACGUGGGAACUUCCCCGGCGAGAACUUGAAGAAGAUGAGAAAACCCACGAGGAUCGUGAAGGAGAAGGAACGGAUACUGAGGAUGGGGGAAAGAAGGAAGAUGGAGAAAGUGGAAGCGGUGUGGAGGACGACAAAGAAGAAGAGGAGGAGGAGGAGGAGGGAAGUGAAAGUAGCAAUGAUCUAGGGGUGAAAGAGGAGAGCGUUACGGGAGGGAGUGAGGAAGAGCAAGAUCAUGAAGCUGCAGAGGAAGAUGGUGAGGAGGAAACAGGCUCCAGCGGUGAGGAAGAGGAGGAAGAAAUUGAGGGAGAGGAGGAAGAAGAAAGCAGUGAGGAAUCAGGGGGAGGAGGAAGUGCAUCUGAGGUAAGUGAAGCAGCAGAGGAGGAUGAUGGUGAAGAAUCCAGUGAAGAGAAUAAAGAAGAAGAGGAAGAGAGUGAGGCGAGUGAGGAUGAGGACGAUGUUAGAGGUGAAGACUCGGGGAGCACCAAGAGCAAAGAGUCAGAGGAGGAGGAGGACAGAGACGGAGGUGACGCUGCAGAGUCUGAUUCUGAGGAAGAAGAAAACAUUGAGGAAGAGGAAGAUGAGCUUGAUGCAGAGGAAAAUGGUGAAACUGAGGAACACAGAGAUUCCACCGUAAGUGAGGACGAGAAGGAAGGUGAAGAAGAAGAUGUAGAAACAGAUAAGAGCGAAGGGGAGGAAGAUGAGACACAGGAAGGGAGUGAUGAAAAUGACAAGGAGGAAGAGAGUGAGUCUGAUGAAGAUGAGGAAGAGCAAGAUGAAAAGAGUGAUAAAGAGAAUGAGGAGCAGGAGGAGGAAGAUUGUGAGGAAAAAGCAUCUCCAGAUGAGGGAGAAGCUGAGGACAAGACUGCUGAGGAGGAAGAAGAAGAAGAUGGAAAGGAGGAGGUUAUUGGUGAGGAAGAAAAGGGCGAGGAAGAAGAACAGGGAAAUGAGAAGGUGACAGAGAAGGAAGAAGAAGUUGAGGAGGAGGAAGAAGCGAAUAAGGAGGAUGUCACAGAGGAGGAAGAGGAAGGGGGUGAGGAGGAAAAAGGGAAUAAGGAGGAUGUUACGGAGGAGGAAGAAGAGGGUGAGGAAGAAGAACAGGAAAAAGAGAAGGUUAUAGAAAAGGAAGAAGAAGUUGAGGAGCAGGAAGAAAAAAAUACAGAUGAUGUUACAGAUGAGGAAGAAGAAGAAGAGGGUGAGGAAGAUGUUACAGAGGAGGAAGAAGAAGAGGGGGAGGAGGAAGAAGAAGAAAGUAAGGAGGUGGUUAUAGAGCAGGAGGAAGAAGAGGGGGAGGAAGAAGAAGAAGAAGAAGAAGAGGGGGAGGCGGAAGAAGAGAGUAAGGAGGAUGUUACAGAGGAGGAAGAAGAAGAAGAGGGUGAGGAGGAAGAAGAGAGUAAGGAGGAUGUUACAGAGGAGGAAGAAGAAGAAGAGGGUGAGGAGGAAGAAGAGAGUAAGGAGGAUGUUAUAGAGCAGGAGGAAGAAGAGGGUGAGGAGGAAAAAGAGAGUAAGGAGGAGGUUAUAGAGAAGGAGGAAGAAGAGGGGGAGGAGGAAGAAGAGAGUAAGGAGGAUGUUACAGAGCAGGAGGAAGAAGAGGGUGAGGAGGAAGAAGAGAGUAAGGAGGAGGUUAUAGAGCAGGAUGAAGAAGAGGGUGAGGAGGAAGAAGAGAGUAAGGAGGAGGUUAUAGAGCAGGAGGAAGAAGAGGGGGAGGAGGAAGAAGAAGAAGAGAGUAAGGAGGAUGUUACAGAGCAGGAGGAAGAAGAGGGUGAGGAGGAAGAAGAGAGUAAGGAGGAUGUUACAGAGCAGGAGGAAGAAGAGGGGGAGGAGGAAGAAGAGAGUAAGGAGGAUGUUACAGAGCAGGAGGAAGAAGAGGGGGCGGAGGAAGAAGAAGGAAAGGAGGAAGUUAAAGAGGAGGAAGAAGAAAAUGAAGAGAGUGACGGUGAGGAAGAUGAAAAAAUAAAGGGAAAAGAGAAAAGUAUUGAGGUUAAAAAGAUGAUGGGAGAGAGCAAUAAAGCUAACGAAGAAGAAGAGGAGGGAGAAGAAGAGGAGAGUGAGGAAGAAGCUAACGAAGAAGAGGAGGAGGGAGAAGAAGAGGAGAGUGAGGAAGGAGGAAAGGCUGCAAACAUCAAACAUAGUAAGAAAGAUGCUAAAGAGGAGGAACAUGAGAAAGAAAAAGAGGGAAAUACAAAAAGGGAGCAGGAAGAAGAGGAAGAAGAAGAAGAAGAAGAGUUGUGA